AUGUUUUGCGUUAGGGGAAAAAGACUCAUUUCUCCUCUCUUUCUCUCUCUACCCCUCAGUCUGACUCUCUCUCAUCACCGCCAGGAGAAGCAAACAAAGACGCUGUUACGGCGGAAGGUACGCCAUCACCGGCGCAAAUCAACGAAGUUGCAUAACAGGGAUAGGAUGGAUCUUGAGACGGAAAACAGAAUAGCUGCGAUUCUUAUGAAAGAAGCUGCUGAAUUGCGGCGCCAAGCUGAGAAGGAAGGUGUGCAUGCUUAUCUUCGACAACCUCAAACACGGUUUAGGCCAAAUUCACGGUUCCUCAGCGCUACUGUUCUUGGCGUGCAACAAGCAAAUCGAGCUGUGGAAGUGAAUGAAAUGUGGAGACUCCGGCAGAAAGAGAUAGAAUUGGACAAUAGGCUUAAAGGAAAGAUGAAGGAUGAGAGCAGAAAUGACAGGAGUCGAAGAGACAGUAACUGUUCGAGAAGCAGCAGUAAGGGGCAUGAUGUCACGGAUGACAAUGCUAGUCCUACUUGCUCAUCAAGGAAAAGGGAAUAUGAUAGCUGCCAUUCAAGGGAAGAAAAUGGUCUAAGAGAUGAAGAACUUGAAGAAUUUUUACAUUCAAGGGUCAAGCGUGGCAGAGGUGCUGUUGGAUCAAGGAUGGAUGAAGCGGGUCCAUAUAUUCCCCAUGGUUCAGACUCCAAGGACGAGCUGCUAGUGAGCCCCGGUGUACAAGAACGCCGUGUGUAUGGACCAGAGAAGCCUUCACGGAAGUUAUGUGAUUCUUCCGAAGAGGAGCUUGACUAUGACAGGAAGAAAUCAAAAAAAGUUAAGGCUGCUAGCUCGAAGAAGCACAAAUCCAAGGAUAAAUCAAAAGAGAAGAAGAAGAAGAAGAGGAAGGAAGAGAGAAGAAUUCCAGGAAAGAUCUGGAAAACAAUUGAACUUGAAAGCAAAAUCUGGAACACAAUGAAAUGUGCUAUUUUCUUCCUAAACCCUAGUUUGACUAGGAUAGUCUAA